AUGGAAAUAAAUGACAGCUCAUGGAAAGACUUCAUUUUAGUGGGCUUCUCAGAAUAUCCAAAGGCUGAGUUCAUCCUUUCUUUGUUUGUCUCUGGUUUCUACAUCAUGACAAUCACAGGCAACAUGGCUAUCAUCUUGGUCUCCCUCCUGGACAGCCGACUCCACACUCCCAUGUAUUUCUUCCUCCGAAACCUGUCAUUUCUGGACAUCUGUUUCACCACCUGCAUUGUCCCUCAGAUGCUGGUGAACAUCUGGAGUGGUCACAAGACAAUCAGCUAUGUAGGUUGCAUGGUUCAAUAUUCAGUGGCCUUGGCUCUUGGCUCCACGGAAUGUGUGCUUCUUGCUGUCAUGGCUGUUGACCGCUACAUUGCUGUCUUGUGGCCCUUGCGCUAUGCUACAAUCAUGCACCAACAGAUUUGCCACCUUCUGGCAGCUACUUCUUGGCUCUCUGGAUUUGCCAACUCUCUCCUUCAGUCAUCACUAGCCAUUGUUUUGCCUCUGUGUGGCCACCACCAUGUGGAUCAUUUCCUUUGUGAAGUCCUUGUCAUUAUCAAGCUGUCUUGUGUGGACACUGGUCCAACUGAAUCAAAAAUGUUUAUUGCACGCCUGAUCAUUCUUGCCAUUCCAGUCUGCAUCAUCCCUACUUCUUAUGCCUGCAUUGCCAGGACUGUGGUGAGAAUGAACUCUGCUGAAGGACGACAGAAGGCCUUUGAGACAUGUGCCUCCCAUUUGAUGGUGGUCUCGCUGUUCUAUGGAACCAUUAUGUUCAUGUAUCUUCAGCCUAAGAAUAACUAUUCUCGGAAUCAGGGAAAGAUCCUGGCCCUAGUGUAUACCAUUGUUGCUCCCACUCUGAACCCAUUAGUCUAUACCCUAAGGAACAAAGAUGUAAAGAGGGCAAUAAGAAAAGUGAUCUGGAAAGAUUUAGUGUAA